AUGUCCACAAACCCGUCUGGUAGUGAAAUAAAACCUCUGCCACCCGUUCUGGAUGUAGAGGAAAGCCGCGCGAAACGACUACAACGUCAACAGGCCCGCUUUCGUGCCAGAGGAGGAAUAUUCGUUCCCUCAAAUAGGAACCUUCUGGCUGAUAUUCUUCUCGGCCGAGCUGCACCAAGACAGUCGCCACGGAGAUCUCGCUCAAGGAGUUUAUCAUGUUCUCCUUCGAAGCCUAAUGGAGGAAAUACUGUUCUCGAUGAACGGGGACAACAUGUGCACUUGAGCUCGAAUGCCAUUCGCAGGAGCCCUCGGAAGGCCAAGGCUGGCGUUACGGAACGACCCGUGUCGGCUGGUCCAUCACGGGAAAAGCCAAUCAGCGCUCUCAAGAAGUCGUCAGCUUCAAAGGGGAAGAGAAAAGCGCCAGAUCCUGACAUCAGCGAAGAUGCGCCCGUGAAGAAAGCUCGAGGUAGACCAAGUAAGAAAGCAGUCCCUCCUGAGGAAGAGGAGGACGAGGACGCGAAACAAGCAGCCAAGACGACAUCUCGGAAGGGCAGGAAACCUACAGCGACCAAGCUACCUGCUUCGCAGAAAAGGAGCAAGGCUAAAGCUGUAGCGAGGCCUGAAGUCGCAGAAUGUGACGGUGAGCCUCCCGAAGAGGUGAAGCCGAAACGUAAGAGCCAGAAACCUGCAACGACCAAGCCAACUGCUGCGCAAAAAAAAGGGAAGGCUAAAGCUUUAGAGGAGACUGAGGCUGUGGAAUGUGGGGAGGUUGAUGCUGAGCCUCACGAAGAGUUAACGUCGAAGUCUAGAGCACGUAAGAGCUCUAAACUUGUGGUGACAUCGUUAAAGGACGCCACCGUGGCUGACUCUGACGCUAAACGGAAGCCUGCCGUCAAAACGUCGAAUGACCUUCCGAAACGCACGCGUUCGAAGAAACCAAAGGGAGUCUAUGUUGAGGUAUCAGAGGAUGAUGAUGAUCUCUCAGAACCAUCUCCAAAAAGGUCUUCCAAAUCAACAUCCAGGUCUAAACAAUCUGCUCUGGCUUCAAAGGGAGAGCCCAGUGCACAAGCGACUAAACCGAAGUCCGUUGGUAAGACGUUGACUGACUCCAAGCGUGCGCGCCCAAAGAAACCAGCUGAAGCAUCUGUUGCUUUGUCUGAGGAGGAUGAUGAUGAUCUCCCACAAUUGCCCCCCAAAAGGUCUUCUAAGUCAGCACCCAGGCCUCAGCGAUCUGCUCUGACAUCUGACGGCAAGAAGCCUCUUUCGGUCAUAGAAGAGGAAGAAGAGGAGGAGGAGGGGUCUCCAGUCGACAAGAAUGCGAAGAGAGAUGGGGGCAUGGCUGCAUCAGUAAGACCCAGAAAGCGCACCUUCAACGAAACCACGUCUAUGCAAGAGGACACUCUCGAUGCAGACGACCAUCCUCUGCGCAAGCGCUGCAAGACAGUGGCUCCCAGCAAGCCUGCCUCACAGAUCAAGGAAGAUAUCAAUACUUCAUCUGAUCCCAACAACGCGCCAAUCUCACACAAGCAGGCUAAAGCUGUUCGGGGGAAACCUAGACCUCGAAAAGCGCCCGCAGGUGCCGAGGAGGUAGACAAGGCGCCGAAAAGCGAUAGUAGCGCUACCAAGCGGAAGAAAACUGUUGUCCAGGAACUUGGGGGACGUCCUUCCAAGAAGUCCAAGGUAGAGACAACAAGCACCGAUAAAUCUUUUGCUAGUGAAGCCCUUGAAAGUGAGGCUAUGGCGAACACUAACGGAAGGCAGACAAAGACAAAGAGAACGAAGACUUCCAAGAAAGAGAACACUCGAGGUGUCCCAAAGGCCUCUGAGGAUUCAAAAGUUUAUACCAAAGUCGCACCUCACAAAGGUCCUCCACAGAGUGUGCUACUACGCAUCCAAAAGAUUGCACCUCGCAAGCAUGAUGAUGACAAUGAACCUGACCCCAUUGACUUUCUAUCGUGA